UUCUCCUCUAAUUUUAGUUAUUUCUUUUCCUCUACUAAUUUUAAGUUUGGUUUGUUGUUGUUUUUCUAGGUCCUUGAGAUGCAUUGAUAGGUCAUUUAUUUGGUGCAAUUUCAAUUUCUUGAUGUAGGCACCAAUUGCCCUAAACUUCCCUCUUAACACUGCUUUGGCUGUAUCCCAUAAGUUUUGAUAUGUUGUAUUUUCACUUUCAACAGUUUCCAGGAAUUGUUUGAUUUCUCUUUUGAUUUCUUCUAUGACUCACUGUUCUUUCAGGAGGGUGUUGUUCAUCUCCACGUGUUUGCAUAAUUCUAGAGAUUCUUAAAUUGUUCAUCUCCAUUUGUGGUCAGAAAAGAUGCAUGGAAUGAUUUCAAUUUUCUCUGAAUUUGCUGAGACAUGCUUUAUGGACUAGCAUAUGGUAUAUCCUAGAGAAAGUUCCAUGUAUUAAUGGAAAGAUUAUGUGUUCUUCAACUGUGGGAAGACAUGUUCUGUAGGUAUCAGUUAGGUCCAUUUUGUCCAUAGUGUCACUUAGCUCUGUUGUUUCUCAUCUUGCUCUCAGAUGCAGGUGCCUCCUCGAGUACUCUGCUGUGGAAGUUGUGGGUGGUGUCCCUGCUUGCUGCUGUACAUCCACACCUUCCAUGCUGCUCCACAGUGUUUGUCUUCCUUCUGUAGAGUUUCCACUGCAAACUUUUCUCCAACUCUGCACUGGGAAUGCACUUCCUAUGCUUUUUAAAGUGGCAUAUCUUUUCCCUAUUCAGCCAUCUUGGAAUCUUGUUUUAUUUAUUUGAAAGGCAGAGUGACACAGAGAGAGGGAGAGAGAGAUGAAGAGAUAGUGUUAUAAAUUUUGCUAUAACUGUGAAACAUAAUUGAGAAAACUCAGAAUCAGAAGGAAAGUCUUGUAUUUAUCCAUACAUUUUUUGUUUCCACUGUUCUUUCUUCCUCAUGUUCUAAAAUUUCCUAUUAUCUUUUUUUUCUAUUGUGUGAAAUUUCUGUUACUUUAGGAUAAGUUUACUGGUGACGAAUUUUCUUAUUUUCCUUUACCCAGGAAUGGCUUGAUUUCCUCUUCACUCCUGAAGGACAGUUCCUCUGUCUGCAGAAUUCUGCGUUGACAGCUCUUUUCUUUUAUUCUUGGAAAAUACAUGGUUUCUGCCCUGUCUUGGAUAACGCAUAGCUAAAUCUGUAAGAGAUGUCAUUGCCAAAAUCACCUCCAGUCUUCAAACCUAACAUUAAGAGACCUCAGUACCGUAAAAUUCCAUUCAGGGAUCGUGGCCAUCAUGAAAAGAGAGCGGAGACAUCUUGUUCUUCACUGCAGGGACUAUUCACAAUGAGAUCAGCUUUUGAAGAUCUCACCAAUGCUUGUCAAAUUCAACCUGCCCAGCCCAAGAAGGGAGAUAAUGAGUUUGUAAAAGAUGUUUCCAAGAAGACAAAGGGGAAUAUAGCUCUAAGCUUGACCAAAACCAGCAAGAUGAAUUCUGACAGAUAUAAGCCAAAACCAGUAGUAGCCUCUUCCACACUGGUACUAAAUAAGGAGAAACUGCCCCCUGUGGAGAAAUCUACCGUCUCUAAAGCACUGACUACCGAGGAGGCAUCCGCCCUCAAAAAACCGCAAGUUUCAGAAGAUGAAGAAAGUUGUGACCAUAUAACCAUCGUCAGGAAAUUAUCAUCUUUAAGGAGGCGAUUUAUGAGGUGUGAGAUGUCCUUACCGAAGAAGACACUUGCUUUUCAGAAAGAAAAUGACAGUGACAAUGACUUUUUCCUAGAAUCAGUGGCAGUUAAAAAGAGAAGUAAAAUGGAGGAAGCCACCACCAAGAAGACAUUGCCCUCCGAGCAGAAGACAAGUGCACGUAAGGAAUAUAAGUUCAGCUUGAAAGAUUUCCUUUCCACUGACGAUAGCAGUGAUGAUGACAAUCCCUUCGGUGUGUGGUUUUUGAAGAAUAAGAAGAGACUUAAAACUGAAAAGCCAACCACGAAGCCCUUAGCUUUAAAUAUGUGUACUCCUCAAAGGAAGAGUUCCCACAUGAAGCCCCUGGCAUUGCAGUGGGUCAGCUCUAAAGACAAGCCACUCACUAAGGAGCCAUUGUCCUUUAAUAGAAAGCCUGCCAUGGAGAAGGAGUCCCUUUGCCAGGAGCCAUCUGCACUGCAAGAGAAGCAUGCCAGUGAGGAGAAGUCGCUUUCUAGGGAGACUUUGGCUCUUAAGAAGAAGCGUGCCAUUGAAGAGGCACCCUGGUCCAGCACUAUAUUUCCAAAGAAGCGGGCCAUUGGAUGGGCCGUGUUCCCUUCUAUGUCACCAGUAUUGCAGAAGGGCUGCCCUGCAACUGAGGAGAAAAUCCUCCCCAAGAUACCAUUGUUCUCAAAUAAGGAGCAAGUCACUAAGAGACCGGUGACCCCCUUACAGAAGCCCCUGGUCUUGCAGAAGAACACCUUUCAAGAGGACUCAGUGAAUAAGAAGCUGCUGUCCUCUAAGAAGCAGCCUAUCAAUGCAGGGGAGGUCCUUUUGAAGGACCCAUCAGCACUGACAGAGAAGCGCACUGCUCCUCAGGAGGUGUCCUUCUCAAAGAAGAAGAGCACCAUGGAAAAACGAUCACCUAUUAAGAGAUCCCUGACCUCGAAGGCAAAGCCUACAGGUGACGAGAUAUUUUUCUCUCCAGAGCUCUUUUCACCUGCUGUGACACAUGACAUUGCUAAGUCCCCCUCCCAGGUGUCUUUGGUCUUGCUAGCAAAGCCUGAUUCCAAAGAGGACUCUUUCAAUGAGCUGUUGGCCUUGAAAGACAAAAGCAUCACUGAAAGGGCGUCCCUUGGCAGUAAGAAGUUGCGUUUGAACCAGUCCUCCACUGAGGCAGCAACAAGCAGAGAGAGCCAAUUAUCUUCAGAGAAGGAACCCACUGCUCAGGGAAAGAGAGGCCUCUUGCAAAAGCAGUUGGCUCUGCGGAAGAAUAUCACCAAGGAUGAGGAGCCUUUUACUAAGCAGCCACUGGCCUUGCAGGAGAAGUCCCACUCCAAGAAGGGGACUCUGUGCCAGCAGCGGUUUUCUUUUAAGAGGAGUCUCACAUUUGAUGAGGAGUGCUACUCUCAGGGGCCUGUAAUAUUUCAGGAGAGGGCAAGAAUGAAGGGGAUCAUCCUGCAGAAGCAGCCCAGCCCCAGGAAAGAGGAGGCUCCAUGCAAGCAGCAGCUGUCCUGUCAGAAAAAGCUGUCCCUUGAAAAGGAUAGCCUCUCUGAGGUGCCCUUAAUAUUUCGUGAGAUGGCAAGAACCAAUGACACUAAGCUGAGGGAGCCCUGUGCUUCACAGGAGAAGCCCAGCCCUGAAAAGGGGACUCUGAACAAGCAGUGCUUGUCCUGUAAGAAGACUCUUACAUUUGAUGAGGAGUGCUACUCUCAGGGACCCGUAAUAUUACAGGACAGGGCAAGAGUCAGGGGGAUUAACCUGAAUGAGCACUGGGCCUUUCAGAAGAAAUCAAGCCCUAAGAAGAAGAAGCCCAUAAUCAAAGAAGCAUUAGCCUCAGAGGCAAAGACUGUCAUCAAUGGGCCAUUCGUUCUCAAGGAAGUAUUGAUCUUGAAUAAUAACCCCACCACUGGGAAGGGGUUGUUCUUUGAAGAAACAAUGGCUUUGGGAGAAAAUUCUUUCCCCAAAGGAGCUACCUUUCUCAAGACAUUCUUAAUGGUCCCCCUAGUUAAUACCAGCUCAGACAUGUCCAGCACUGCCCUUGGAUCCAGAUUGGUGACCCCCAGAACUCCCACCACGUUUGGUGUGCACAAGUCCAGUUCUGACAGCAACUCCAGUAUAUGCGAAUUUUCUUGCAACAAAUUUUCCACACCUAAUGGCAAGGGAGAACAGGUGAAUCAUGAACUGGAAGAUAUUAACAGGUACUACAAUGAUCCAUAUGUCAACUCAGCAUAUGCCAAGGAUAUCUUCAGUUAUAUGAAGGAGAGAGAGAAAAUGUUCAUACUUACAAAAUAUAUGAGCUGGCAGGUUGAGAUCAGCAGUGAUAUGAGAGCCAUUCUUGUGGACUGGUUGGUGGAGGUACAGAUGGGUUUUGAGAUGAGUCACGAGACCUUGUACCUGGCAGUGAAGCUGGUGGAUCACUACUUGAAUGAGACAUUAUGCAAGAAGGAAAAGCUACAGCUCCUUGGUUGUGCUGCCUUUCUGAUUGCAGCAAAAUUUGAGGAGUCCUCCCCACCUUGUGUGAGGGACUUACUGUACAUCUGUGACAAUAUUUACUUGCGACAUGAAAUGCUUGCCAUGGAAAUGAGUAUCCUGACAACCCUCAAUUUUGACAUCAACAUUCCUAGCGCCUAUCAUUACCUGCGGAGAUAUGCUAAGUGUGUCCAUGCCAGCAUGACGACACUGACCUUGUCCCGCUUCAUCUGUGAGAUGACCCUGCAGAAGUAUGACUACAUCGAGGAGAAGGCUUCCAAGCUGGCAGCAGGUGCCUUCCUCCUCGCCCUCUACAUGAAGAAUCUCAGAGACCGGGUUCCUUCCUUAGAAUUUUACAGUGGCUACACUAUCUCUGAGCUGUACCCUUUGGUCAAGCAACUGAAUGGCACUCUGACUCUCCAUUUUCGCGACAAGCUCCGGACUGUGUAUUCCAAGUAUUCUCAGAGUGACUUCUUCAAAGUCUCCACAAUCCCUCCCUUGGAAAUAUCGAAGCUGGAGGAGAUUUUAAAGGCUAAUUGUGAGGUGGAGGGCCUGGUUUUCUGGCAGUAGCCACCAGGGCUGGACAGACACGUAACCAGGCUAUAUUUAUUCUAUCUGAAUUUGUUUCUUAAUCAGUUUUCCUUGUUUUCCCUCUAUGUUUGUCUUCUCCUGAAGUUAAAAAAAAGUUAUAAAUAUUUUAUUAAAUAGAAGAAAUUAUUGUUAUAUUUUAUGAGCAUAAAAAAUAAUAAAAAAA